UGAUCGGCGUACUAACAUGAUUGUAAACAGACUGAGAAUCAACUACCCGCUCCGACCCUUCGUGAAUAUGUCAGAGAGGCUGCUACGGAUCUGUCCAAGAAAGAAGGGCUUAAGGGUGACCAAGGGGCCAUUCUACACGCGAGAAUGGUCGAGGCGAUGGCGAAGAAGGUUGCAUCUUUCGACAAUCGGGCAGUCCGUGAAAUGAGUGGCUCUACACUCGACAUGCCUGUGGGUUACCUGACGCCAGACCAGUUCGCGACCUUGAAGAAUUUCGUGAAUACAGAGGGCCAUCGGACGUUGCAAUCCUUCGCGGAUGGGCACAGCCAGGAAGCUGCACCAUCGUACGAGCGAUCCAGGCUCUUCUCUGGUUCAGAGAUCAAAGGAAAUGAUCAACCCUUUCAAACACCAGUGCUCCAGACCCCGUCACGAGCAAAGGCGCCCGUAGAGACUGGCACCAUGGGCACGCCGAAGACUCGGGAAUCAGCAUCCAAUGUUCAACUGGCACAAGAUACCAUCUCGAUGCGGGAACCUGAUCACGACCAAGGGAUGGCAAAGCGAUUCAAUAACGCUCCGUGAGUCGAAAAGGACACUUCGCUAGGAUCCAGUUAGCAAGCGUUUAACACUUGCGCAACACUUUUGACAGCUUGCGUGAACAACGCCAUCGAACUGGAAAUUGGACAAUGGUGCGAGUGGCGAAUAUGG